AUGCUGGAGCUGAGCAAAAUGCAGGGCCUCGCAGGUAGGAGCUGGGCUCCCCUGGGCCUACUCCUGGUCUGUCUGUCUCUGCCAGGCCUCUUUGCACGAAGCAUUGGGGCACCAGAGGAGAAAAUCUCCCCACAUUCGGGAAAACCAUCCUUCACCAGCGUCUUCAAGCUUGGGACAGCUGGCGUGGAACAGCCUCAGCCCAAGCCAGACCCUGAGAAUAAUGAACUACCAAGGGCUCUUCCAAGGCUCCCUGAAUCCCCACCAGAUGGCGCUCUACCCGAGGAGAGCUCAGAGGAGCCCAGCCAGCCUUUCUUCUGGGAGGGGUCCCCCAUGGAGUCUUGGCUUUAUGAGGACCCUCAGCCAGGGAUGGAGGUUGCUGACGAGGACCACUUCGAGCAAGUGCUUCCAGAAGCCGUACCAUACCUGCCAUACCUUUCUAGGGGAAGUCCCGGACCUGUGGCUUCCUCUGCAUCGGAGGCUUCUGACCCCGAAGACUUAGAGCCUGAUUCCAGUCCACUGAGAACUGAGGCAGAUGCCUUUGCCCAGCACCCAUUCUGGUUUUUCAUCCACAGGUUGCUGCCUGGUUUUCCCUGGCGGAUCCUAAGUCCCAGUGUAUCUUGGGGAGGUGGAGGGGCGGGAACUGCGUGGGGAAGAAGGCCCAUGCCAUACCCUUCUGGAAUAUGGGGUAGCAAUGGUCAAUUAUCAGGUACCAACUUCGUGGGCAAUGGUCGAUAUCCUGUGGGUAGCUGGGGAGGCAACGGUCGGUAUCCUGUGGGAAGCUGGGGAGGUAAUGCUUGGAAUCCUGCAGGAAGCUGGGGGGGUAAUGCUUGGAAUCCUGCAGGAAGUUGGGGGGGUAAUGGUUGGAAUCAGCUUCCCCCAGGAGUCAGACCACCUCGACCUAAUCGGCUUCCCCCAGGAGUCAGACCUCCUCGGCCUAAUCGGCUUCCCCCAGGAGUCAGACCUCCUCGUCCUAAUCGGCUUCCCCCAAGAGUCAGACCUCGUCCCAAUCGACUUCCCCCAGGAGUCCGACCUCCAGGACCUUCUGGGAACAUUCCAAACCUCAGUUUCCAGUGA